GUAUAUUUGUGUGGGUCACCGGACGCCAGCCGUAUCGAUAGAUUGCUAUCGAAAUACAAAAGACGCCAGCCAGCCACAAAUAAAUUAAAUUAAUAAACAAAUGGAUAACGGCAAACUGAGUGCCGUUCGCGUGGCCGUGCGCGAAGCACCAUUUCGCUCCUUCCUUGGCCGACAGGAGCCCAGCAUCGUGCAGUUCUCGCCGCAGGCCGGCAACUCACUGGUGGUGGACCACAACGAUUACCACUUUGACCACGCUUUCCGCUCGAGCGUCAGCCAGGAGCAGCUCUACGAUGCGCUCAUCCAGCCGCUAGUAGAUAAGCUCUUUUGUGGCUUCCAGUGCACGGCCAUGGCCUACGGCCAGACGGGCACCGGCAAGAGCUACUCCAUGGGCAUGGUCGCAGACAAAGAGCCCACCAAAGAGGAGCACCUCGGCGUCCUGCCGCGCUGCCUCAGGGACAUCCUGGAUCGGGUGGCCGCCCAGCAAGAGAACACCGCGGAGCGCACACGGAUCACCGCCUCCUUCAUUGAGAUAUACAACGAGAAGGCCUUCGACCUGUUGGGCGCCUCGCCCAUGGACCCCAUGGUGACCGCGCGCUGUCAGAGCCGGACCUGCAUGCCGCUGGCCAGCCAGCAGGAUCUGCAGCGCCUGCUGCAGCUGGGGACGAGCAAUCGCCACGUCCGGCGCACCAACAUGAACGCGAAAAGCUCCCGCUCCCACGCCAUCGUGACCAUUUAUGUGUGGCAAGAGGACGGCAAGCAGCUCUCACGCAUGAACAUCGUCGAUCUGGCCGGCUCUGAGGGCGUGCGCCGCACCGGGCACGAGGGUAUGGCUCGCCAGGAGGGAGUCAACAUCAACCUAGGCCUGCUGAGCAUCAACAAGGUGGUGAUGGCCAUGGCGGCCGGCCAUGCUGUGAUCCCCUACCGCGACAGUGUCCUCACCACGGUCCUGCAGGAGUCGCUGACCUCGCAGUCGUACCUCACCUUCCUCGCGUGCAUCAGUCCGCACGGCUGCGACCUGACCGAGACCAUUUCCACGCUCCGCUUCGCCAAGAGCGCCAAGCGGCUGCGCCUCAAUCCCCAGCAGAUGAAUAUGGCGCGCCAAUCCAAGGCCGCCCGCACGCCGCACAUCUUCCGGAGGGUGAUGACCAGCUCGACGUCCGUCAAGCGGAGCAGGCCGCCCCAGAACGGUGGCGCAGGAGCUUCCGUUCAGAACAGCUCCUACCUGAUGCCGCCCAAGGCCAAGGAGAGCAUGCCCCUGGUGCAGCUGCAGCGCACGCGGUCGGAGAUGGGGCUGACGCCAAAGGCAAAGAAAAGGGCCCGCGAGGAAUUGCAGCUAGAAGUGACACUGAAUGCGCCAUCGGUCAGCGACAUGUCAGAGAGCAGUCUCGUUCAGCCACAAGGUGUGAAACCACUGCUCAACCUCCAGCGCACGCGCUCUGAGAUGGUGCUGAUGCCCAAGGGCGAGAGGAGGUGCGUACAAGAUGGAUGCCCUCCCGCUGUGACCCUCUCUAGCUCGGGUCUGCAUCUGAUUAUCCCUCUAAAUAGAGGCCAAGAGGAGGAGCUCCAGCUGGAGGCGACAUUGGUGGAGCCAUCGAGGAUCAAUUUCUCGGACUGCACCCAAGAGGAGCAGGACUCCAAGGCAAUGGCCCCCCCACCGCCUCCGGAUAAUGGCAGGAGGAGAAGCAGGAGCUUCUUUCACUCCUCUGUGCUGAGCAUACCAGAGGAACCAGGCGCACAGCAGCCGCAGCAGCCCAUGAGGUGCCUCUUCUUCAGCAGUCCCUUCAGUCCGAUCAAUCUGCAACCGGCUGACUCUUUGGAGAUGAGCGGCAUCCUGCCACUGGAGACCAGUGUAAAGCCACAGGUGAGACGCUCUGCCCGCUUGAACAGCAUGUGCAACAUUACGCAGCCUCCGCCGGAGCAACAGCACCAGCAGCAACAAAAUGAGAGCGUACUGCGCCGCAGCAUGAGACUGGCGGUGAAAUCGGAGAAGGGCGUCGUGCAAACCAAGGACUUGUUGACCACACAGAUCUCGGGCAGCGUAGGAGUCCGUGGCGUUCGCUCGAAGGCGGCCGCGACACACUGGAUGAGCAAGCAUCGGGUAAUGUUCCUAAAUCUUCUCAACACGGCGGAAGUUCGCGAGCUACAGAAGCUGCCUGGCAUUGGCCCGAAGACCGCCUUUUCCCUGGUUAUGCAGCGAUCAAGGCUGGGCGGCUUCCAGAGCUUGGCUCAGAUUGAGAGCCUGCCCAUCUGGGCCGGCAAGAAGUGGCUGCGCGUGUGCCAGGCCAACUGUUUGGAUCCGUAGGAACCACAGUGAAUCAUCCCAACCAACCUAACAACUUUUUUGUGUGUGUAAUAGUCCUGUCGAUGUUUAAUAGUUUUUUUGUUUGUUUGUGAUUUUUUAAUUUUAUAGAAACUAGCGUAGGGUUAAACUAAGGAAGCAACGAAUCAUCCCAGAACCAAUGAAAACUAUUGUAUUUUAAAUAAACAUUUUGUAACACCGUUACCUUUAAGUGAUCCUUUAAUAUUUGAUGUAAACUAUCUUAAGAUUAAAUUCUCAUCAUAUAUAGGUACAUA